AUGGCGGCGCGGCGCGGGGCGCUGAUCGCGCUGGAGGGCGUGGAUCGCGCCGGGAAGAGCACGCAGGGCCGGCGGCUCGUGGAGGCCCUCAGGGAGGCCGGGCACCCCGCCGACCUGCUCCGCUUCCCGGACAGAACGACAGAGAUUGGGCAGCUGAUCAGCUCCUACCUGGGCAGGGAGAAGAACCUGGAGGACCACACCAUCCACCUGCUCUUCUCUGCCAACCGCUGGGAGCACGUACCGAUGAUGAAGGAGAAGCUGCAGCAGGGCAUCACGGUGGUGCUUGACAGAUAUGCCUUCUCUGGAGUGGCCUUCACGAGUGCCAAAGGGAACUUUGGCCUGGACUGGUGCAAACAGCCUGAUGUUGGGCUCCCAAAGCCAGACCUGAUCCUGUUCCUCCAGUUAAACCCAGAAGCAGCAGCAGAACGAGGCAACUUUGGACAGGAACGUUAUGAGACCAGCUCCUUCCAAGAGAAAGUUCUUCAGUGCUUCUAUUGCCUCAUGGAGGACAAGAGCCUCAACUGGAAGACAGUGGAUGCUUCAAAGAGCAUUGAAGACUUGCACAGAGAAAUCAAGUCCAUUGCAAAGGAAACUAUGCAGGAGGUUCAGAAUAAACCUUUGGGAGAACUCUGGAAAUGAAACUUCACACAGGUCUAAAAGAAUAAAGGAAAGGUCACUUUUUGUAUCUUCUGCACUUGGAUGACUGUGACAUGCCAGCAGCAAAGAUCCUGUGUAUUCUUUUGGGUCCAACAUGCUGCUGAUGUCCUUUUUAUUUUCUGCUCCUCCCUUCCAGCCUGCAGAGUCCCUUCUAUAUUUUUUAAAUGAGCAUGCCAUGAGUGUGUAUCAAAUUCCUUGUCAAAACCUCCCU